CGUCUUCAUCAUCGCCAUAUCGCCUCACGACCGUGGGACCAACGGCUUAUUUCGCAUCUUCCACGCACGAGACCAUCAAGAUCAUGCGGUCCCAGGUGUUGGAGUUGGAGAUGGCGGACGAGAUUGGGGACGUGGGGCAGAUUCGCAGACGGAGAAGGCCUAAAGCAACAACGACCCUUACGGAAUCAGCGCCAGCGCGAUCGCUCUUUCUUGCCUCAGAGGGGCAUGCUGUGCACUCGCACGAUUUCCAGAGUAUUUCGCAUCCGGGGUUGUCGACUGCGAAUGAGCGGGCUGUGGGACAGAGUUCGGUGCAGGGUCCGCUAUCGUCCUCACCGACGAUCGAUGGCCAGUCGUCCUAUGCGCAUCAUCAGUGGGCGCGACAGAGCUCGAUCUCUGGAGAACAGCAGAGUGGUUCGCGUGGGGCCGUGGCCGGGAAUACGGAUGGACAGAGAAUCGAGAGGCCGAUCCGUGUGGGUGCUGCGUUCGGGGGCGAGGAGAGGCGGCGGCCUGAGCCGGAGUACUAUGUGGGCGAGGUGUUUCGGCAUCUGAUCUAUCGCUACACGGGUGCUAUUUACGGCUACGAUUUGAAAUGUGAGGCAGGAGAAGGAUGGAUACAAUCGAUGGGGAUUGACUCGCUCGUCUAUGGAAGACAUCAACCGUUUUACAAUGCACUUUUAAGUGAUGGUUCAAAACGAUAUGUGGCCCAGGAAAACAUCCAGGUCCUCUUUCGCGAUUUCAGAAAACCAGCAGCAGCAGAUGCGGAUCCAAUUCCUUCCCAGUCCCAAGAGACCCAGGAGACCCGGAUCGACUUUGGAUCAAGUCCAACUGCAGUCCCAAUAGGAUCUUCAGCACCCACUUCAGCAGCCAUAGCAUCAACAUCGCCAGUAGCGUCAAUGUCAACGUCAACAUCAACGACCGCAGGGGCCAACGUACCGGCUGGGACUGCAGACACUCUGCUCCCAGGAAGCCCUUCGUUCAACCUUCGGUUCUCAGAGCUGGGGCCGUUGGGGAUUGAGACUGUUGGACAGUAUUUCGAAGCAUGGGAUGGAGUCCAUGGUCACUAUGUCCUGAAUAAGGAGCUGCGCAAGGUCUACCCGACAGAAGACUAUCUAUAAUAAUAAUUAUUAUUAUAAUAAUAGCGAACCCCUCCCCCCAGCGACCAAAGCACAACAUUGCUCCGAUCGAGGAUCUUCAUUUGCCGAACAAAAAGAGACUUUUUGAUUUUUUAAUGCAAGGGGAGUGUACAUACACGGGAAUUUAUGCCAAAUGACUCUAUGGAUAUGUUUGUUGCUCAAUUUGAAGC